AUAUUGAUUUAAUCUACAAGAUAGCAUGAAGACAUGUCAAGGGUUAAAACCAAGCAAAAGAAUUCCGAGAACAUCUAAACUCACAGGAAUGUUUGAAUAUGUAUAAACUCUCAUGAAUAUGCAUGUACCUCACGUAACCAUAUAUAAGAACAUUGUUUUAAGCUAACCGUGUGUUUUUGGAGUAUUGCCAAACAUCACAGCGCUGGAUAUUAAGCCCUUUUAUCCCUUAUUAAACUUGUAUAAAAAAUUUAAAUAGUGAGCUCUGUUUCUCACACGGCUCAGUGCUGUAGGAAGAUGGAGCGUUGGACAAGGGACCGGGGCGAGCGUUUGCGGUACCGGGAUCCUGACGCCUUCACCUGCCUCUCUCCCGAGCUCAACCCUCUUCGUCGCCCGGCCCCUGCGCCAGGGAAAGACGUUUCUUUCUUCUUGUUUCCUUCAGCUUCCUCCUCAGCUCUUUUCCUUUGGUGAGUCGCUUCGAGUACUGUGCUUGCUUUACACACUCUACUUCGCCACUGGCGAACCACCACCCUCCGCUCCCCUUAGGGCUUGAGGGUAGGGGAGGGAGGGGACGGGGCCUCGGCCGCUCCGCGCCGUGGAGUGGUGCUGACGGGCUCGGCGGCCGCUCUGCGCGAUGCUCAGUUGUUCCGGCGGUGGCGGAAAAAGGAAGUGACGCCACAUGCACAGCCCUGCGGCCUCCGGUGACAUUCUUUCUGGCUCUGGGGGCGCGGAGUGGCGUCCGCGCGGCUAAGACCCAGCUCCUUCCGGCCACCCAUGCCCCAGCUGUUACCCCCCUGGUGGAGGCUAGGAGAGGCCUUGCGGUGUCCAGGCUGCUGUAUUGCUGAAGACCUUAUCUAGUUCACCCAGUCUUCCAGACCAUGUGCUCCAUGCUUUGAGACCAGGAGGACCUUAGUGUUCUGAAAUGAAGAUGGAGACAGUGGGAAAAGCAGAACUUGUUGAUUCAGUUCCACCAAAGACUUCUGAAAAGCAAGAAACUGCUCCUGAUGAAGAUGGACCUAUAGAACUUGAGACACAAACUCAGAAAGACAACAUGCACGCUGCAGCAGACUCAGUGGUGCUUUCUUCAAUGCCUUGCUUACUGACGGAACUGAGGCGAGACUCUUCUGAGUCUCAGUUGGCAUCUACAGAGAGCGAUAGGCCAAUGGGUGGUCGAGUUUAUGAGAGUGACUCUUCUAAUCACUGCAUGCUUUCCCCUUCCUCCAGCGGGCAUUUGGCUGACUCAGACACAUUGUCUUCUGCAGAAGAGAAUGAGCCCUGUCAAGCUGAAGGUAUUGUAGAGGGAGACCUUUCUGCAGUGUCUGGGGCUGCAGUUGGGAGGAAAUCCAGGAGAUCCAGGUCCGAAAGUGAGACUUCAACAAUGGCUGCCAAGAAAAACCGACAGUCUAGUGAUAAGCAGAAUGAUCGAGCUACCAAGGUAAAAGGUCAUAGAAGUCAAAAGCACAAAGAAAGAAUCCGUCUCUUGAGACAGAAGCGGGAGGCAGCUGCUCGCAAGAAGUACAACCUGCUUCAGGACAGCAGUACCAGUGAAAGUGACCUGACGUGUGACUCAAGCACGAGCUCAUCAGAUGAUGAUGAUGAAGAGGCUUCAGGGAGCAGCAAGACAAUCACUGCAGAGAUACCAGCUGGCUUCAGUCGUGCUGGGGGAUCUGGAGGAACCACCAGGGAAAUUCCAGGAUUGGUUGACAGGGGCACCGUGUGGGAUAGGAACUGCAUAGGCAAUGUCCUGGAAGAGGCCAUGAACUGCUUUGCCGAGAUGCAGAGGCAGACAGAGGAGAAAUUUCGCAUGUGGAUAGAAAAGCUAACUCGUCUUGACAUGGACAAAGAAAGCAAGCAACAACUGGAGCCCAGAGAACCUAAAAUUCAACUAGUUGGCCAAAGAACCCCCCCUACCACACAGUCAGGGGCUUUCAUACAGAUGCCUGAUAGCCAAGUACUUCCACAGCAGUUGUUUAAUUUUUACAUGGGCUAUCAAAAUGUCAAUGCUACGUUAGAGUUUCCAGCGACUUUUAAUAACAGAUUUCUACCUAUCCUUUCAGAGGUUGGGAAUAUUGCAGAGCCUGAUCUGAAUCAAUCAUAAACUGAAAAAAAAAUCUCAUCUUUGCAAUUUUGAUGUUACUUUGAAUGAUGCUAAAAACAAGGUUUCCUUUUCUCUCCAUAUGUUUGUUUUGUUUUCUCUUUUGGGUUUUAAUACCAUGGGUUUGUUUGGUUUUUUUUUGUUUUUUUCAUUUUAUAGUGAAUAUAUAUGUUGUUUAUGCAUGUGUCAGCACACACAUAUAAACACCUUUAAAGAUUUGUAGGGGAAACCACCCUAAGCUUUCAUCACCAAACUUGACAAAAUAUAACUUAAAAUCCUUGUUUAGAUACCCCAAAAUCAGUAGAGCUAUAUUUGCUACAGUAGGAGCAUUCAUCCAGAUGCUCUUUUUGCAUGUUAAAACAUUUAUAUAAGUACCAGACUAGAUACAAACUCAUAGCAUUUUCUUAACUAUGUUUACUUCUGAGUUUUUCAGCUUGAACAUGUCAUACAUUAGUGUUCUUUUUCAUUUUAGGCAGAAAUAAUAAAUAAGCUUACCUUUAAGAUUUAGCUAUAUAUAACAAAUGUGCACAACUGAAUUUUUUUUGUCUCCCAGUUAGUGGUUAAUUUUCUGUCUAGAGUUUUUAUUAAUGUCUCUGCUGUGUUGCACAUGGCAUAUUUAUGGAAGAAGCUGUCUUAUAUUGUGUGCACAAAUAGGCACAUGUACAAAUAUAUAUAUGUUUGGUUUGGGUG